GGUGACAUUGAAAUGCCAAUGUGAAUGCAAAAAAUGUGCUUUUCAUGUAUGUGAAUAUUUCCAAGUUUUUUGUUUUCAAAGCCCUAGGCUUUGGCUCGCAACUUGGAGUCUCAUACUUGGGGAAGAGCGUACACUGCAGCAUUGCAUUAUAAAUCUGGGCGCCUGCUGCCCUAUUUUUUCUCCCCUAUACUCCACCGCCUGCUCACUGUCCCCUCCAUCUGUUUCCUUUUAAGCCUAAACCAAUCUUGUCUUCUAUUCCAAUCUAAUGAGCACCAAAGAUUUCGUUAAUGGCGUACAUCCCAUUGAUGAUUUCGACCCUAGAACUCCCCCUCCUUUCAAGAUUGGUGAGAUCCGAGCUGCCAUUCCUAAGCACUGUUGGGUCAAGAAUCCAUGGAGUUCUUUCAGCUAUGUUUUAAGGGACGUUGUUGUCAUUUUCGCUCUUGCUGCAGCUGCACUCUACUUCAAUUCUUGGCCUGUAUUGCUGCUUUACUGGUUUGCUCAGGGGACAAUGUUCUGGGCUAUAUUUGUUCUUGGCCAUGACUGUGGCCAUGGAAGCUUUUCGGAUAGUCCCUUGCUAAAUAAUGUGGUGGGGCAUAUCUUGCAUUCUUCAAUUCUUGUACCUUAUCAUGGAUGGAGAAUCAGCCACAGGACUCACCAUCAGAACCAUGGAAAUGUGGAGAAGGAUGAAUCCUGGGUUCCGUUGCCAGAGAAGAUCUACAAGAAAUUAGAAUCAAGUACUCGGAUUAUGAGAUACACUGUGCCUCUCCCGUUGCUUGCAUACCCUUUAUAUCUGUGGUGGAGAAGUCCAGGGAAAGAAGGUUCGCACUUUAAUCCCUCCAGUAAUUUGUUCGCCCCUGAAGAGAGGAAACAAGUGUUAACUUCAACCGUGUGUUGGACAAUAAUGCUUCUUCUACUCCUUUAUUCAAGCUUCGUUUUUGGCCCCGUCCAAGUGAUUAAGCUAUACGGAGUUCCAUAUAUCAUUUUUGUCAUGUGGCUGGACUUCGUUACAUAUCUGCAUCACCAUGGGCAUGAGCAGAAACUUCCAUGGUACAGGGGAGAGGAAUGGAAUUAUUUGCGUGGAGGGCUUACAACAGUUGAUCGCGAUUAUGGAUGGAUCAACAACAUCCACCAUGAUAUUGGGACACAUGUUAUACAUCAUCUGUUUCCUCAGAUCCCACACUAUCAUUUAAUAGAAGCGACAAAGGCAGCUAAGCCAGUUCUUGGAAAGUAUUAUCGAGAGCCCAAGAAAUCUGGGCCAUUCCCAUUUCACUUGUUCAAAAAUCUAGUAAAAAGCUUUAGAGAAGAUCACUAUGUGAGUGACGUUGGAGGGGUUCUCUACUAUCAGACCGAUCCCAAUUUUUAUAAAUCUGCUAAAAGCAAGUUAAACUGAUUCUUUCUAUUAGAGCAUCGCCAAGAACAAGGAGAUCACAGUUCGCCCCAAGUCAUAAUCACCAUCUUCUUCAAUGAAAUUAGGCCUAAGCAAUGGUCUUGUCAUUGAAAGAUUUGAUCGUAUGACUUCUUUUUGUUUUCUUUUGUGGGUUCAGUCUUGUGUUUUAUUUCCUAAACAAUUGGAUCCUCUUCUAAGUAGAAGAGAUGCUCUCAAUAGGAUACUUGUAGCAUCUGUUGGAGGAAAUUAUAAAGUAAUGGGGUUUGGUAAUAAUGUAUGGUUAUUUAUUAAAUGAUGUCAGGCUUUUCCUGC